GUGAGUAGAAGAUAACUAAGAUAGUCGGUCAGUGACCACCCAGGGAUCUGAGUAUCGUACUGGCCUCUGAGUGGUGGUAAAGCCAUAGUUCGUAAAAAGUUCAAUCGUGUUGUAUGUCCAAUUCCGGUUCGUCGUCUUUGCCGUCUCCUCCCGUGUGCUGCUUCUUUCGACCCUUUCGACCUUUUCGACCCUUUCGACCCUUUCGACCCUUUCGACCCUUUCGACCUUUUUUUCGACGCUCACUCUCAGCAUCCGAGACUUCCGACUCUGGUCGCAAGAUCUGUCAUAUGGCAAAUCCAUCCGUCCGUCUUAUUAGGAUCCCCUCCCUUCGGUGCUGCCGCCCAAUGCCGUUGUUAAAAAGAACAUACCCGUCACAGGGCGCAAGUAGAAAAUUUUCAAUUACACGCUGUUGCAGUGCUUAUAAAUUAAGCCUAGCCCCGCUCGCAUUCCAUCUGCAAGAAGAACUACACAAUUUGCAUGGCACUUUUCGGACAGUAACUCGAACCACUGCCUCUACCAAUUCAUUUGACCUCCUCCAAACCCCCGAGCCUUGCUGUCCCUGAUCCCCUUCCAGAGACCUAGUUCCGCCGCGAGACUACGCGCAGGUGAUUGUGGCUACUGCGGAUUGUUCAAUCGACGUCGUGACCUCAUUGUUGAGUAUAUAUAAUGGAAACCCAGACCGUCUUGGCAUCGCGCGAAUCCGGACGGAGCUCGGAGAGCAGCUCCCUGGAUGCCGUCGCCAACGAAAAACAGAAGCUGGCCGCUCAUGACAGCCUCCCCGACCUGGACAAUUCGGCCUCUCCGAAAAGAUGGAAGACAUUCUGGAAGUCGUUUC